AUGCCGAUUCAGGUUCAAAGACGCCCGUCAGAACCCCUCCCAUUGAAGCCAGCUCCUGGUGAGCCAGGCGACCAGCUGGCAACCGCAAAAGCCCAUCAGCAGCAACAGCAGCAGCAUAGAGAAGCGUUGCGACUAGCUUUGGGCAGCAUCCUAACCCCCUCUUCGAGUUCGAAUUCUCCUGUUGAGAGUGUGACAACUUCAACGCACAAUUCUGGACAUCCAUCACCACAUGCUGGCGCUGGUGCUCUUGCCCCGCAUACAAUAUUGUCGCCCGUUCCGGACGUGGAGCCUCUUCCACCGUCGAUGAUGGCGGAGCCCCAAGUAGGCAACAACACCCAAACUGAAGGUGCGACUUCAAACAUUGUUGAGGUGAAACCUGUCCGCCCUUCGAUUACACCACUUCAUCCAAGCAAAGAGGGGAACGCAGCGACUGGGGCAGACGGUGCUGGGUCUACAGACAGCAUGAAUGGCCAUAUCAUGCAAACCGAGCCAGGGUCGCCGUCUGGGAGAGGUACACCACGCGCCAAGUUCCUACAGACGCUGCAGUCGAAAAGUGCCUGGGACGCCCUCAUUCACGGGUCAUUCUCUUGA